GACGUAUUUCCCUUCUCGCAUGCCUUUUGGAUUGAAUGUGACUUGGAGCGAUCAUUUGAGGCACAUAUAAUCCUUGAUUCCAUCUUAAACAUGCUUAAAAUCGAGGGACUAGGGCCGAAGAUGGACCCGGAGGAGAUGAAGAAAAAAAUGCGUGAGGAUGUCAUCACGUCUGUUCGCAACUUUUUGAUCUAUGUUGCGCUUCUGCGAGUCGCACCUUAUGUUUUGAAGAAGCUUGACAGCAUAUGAAACUUCACCGGAUAGAGAAUCGUUCUCCGAGAGAUGAGCAUGCAGGACCUGGACGAUGCUGCAUCAUUUACCACAGCAGUUGAUGAAGAGAUGGUGUAAUUUUGUGUCAUUUGUUAUUUAAUUUUUUUUUUUUACUGGAUGCAAUUGAAUGUACUUGAUUGUUCUCAUCUAAUCUCAAUUGAAAACUAUGGCAAACAGCAGAUGAUCAAUUAUUCCCACUGUUGUCAAGUUGUUAAGACUUAAACUUUGGCUUUAUAACAUUUACUUUGCCUUCAUGUAAAUUUAAAAUCCCAGUAGUUUCCAUUUAUACAUUUGAUUUCAUUUAUAAAUGUGUAUUGAGGAUAAAAAAAAAUAAACAUUCUAUGGAUAUUUUAAGUUUUCAACAAAAAUCUAUGUAAUGACAAUGACAUGCAUAUCCCAAUGUCUUGAAACGUGGUUCAACUGUUUCCCCAACAAAAGCUGUUUCUUCGAGAUAUGUUUAAUACAGGAGUUUCAUUAAAUCCUUUAUUGUUAAAAAUAAAAAAUGUAUAACAUUGA